AUGAAAGAUGCCUAUCGCGUGCGUGAGAGCGACGGCGGCGCUAGACAGGUGUUGACAACAUUGGAUGCCGAUGGAUCACGUGCCGGUGUUGUCAACAAGUGGCUAGCGACGCCGUCGCUCGCACGAAAAGAAGGCAUCUGGACGGAAUACAAGAAAAGACGACAUUUGAACGAAGCGUUUGAAGAAGGGACCGCAUCUGGACGGAAUGUCAGAAGAAAGCCGCAUAAGGCGUCCGAAGAAAGGCAACGCUUUGCCAAAUUCCAGAAGAAAGACGACAUUUGA